CUAAUAUUGGGCUAUGGCUGCUUUUUAAUUGCCAUAACACUGAUGGUCAUCUAUGAGUGCUAUGCGAACAUCGUGGCCCUGUACAAGGAUUUACAUCAGUUUCACGCCGAGGACUUUAGCAAAGUUAUGGGAAAUACGCAAAAGGUCCUGGUGGUUGCCAUAUUCGUUUGGAAUCAACUGAACAUUCUGCUGAACUUUCGGCGCCUGGCAAGGAUUUAUGAUGAUAUUGCGGAUCUGGAGAUAGAGCUAAAUAAUGCCUCUAGGGGUCUCAGUGGUCAACACCACUGGUGGAGCUUUCGUUUCCGGUUGGCCAUUUCCGUGGGAUUGUGGAUAGUGUUGCUGGUGGGUCUUACGCCACGAUUUACCCUCGUGGCACUCGGACCCUUCCUCCACUGGACAAAUAAAGUGCUCACCGAAAUCGUUCUGAUAAUCAUACAACUUAAGUGUACAGAGUAUUGUGUGUUUGUGCUGCUGAUUUAUGAACUGAUUCUCCGUGGGCGCCACAUCCUCCAGCAGAUCGGUGUGGAGCUCGAGGGUAACCACUCGAGCGACAGUGUUCAGGAGCUAUGUGUGGCCCUAAAACGCAAUCAGUUGCUGGCUGGACGCAUUUGGGGAAUGGUGAACGAGUGCGAUUAGGGACUUCCCUCUUGCUGUCGAUCAAUAUAUUUCUAUCCUGCUUAUAUAGCGAGUUC